AUGCGCUCUCCUCGUGUGUGCGUGCUCAAACGAAGACUGGAGCGCGUCAAGAAAGGUGCAGGUGUUGCCCCCCAUCUCACCUCCCCCUCCUUCGUUGAGUUCUGGGACCGCAAACCUCACUUUACAAUUUCGUCUGCGAUGUCCACGUCGAAGAUCAAGUCGCCGGCCCUCGACUCGCCCACUGCCGCCUACGGGAGCGUCUGGGAUGCCCGUCCACGCAAAUACAAGAGCGUGCUGUUCCAAGUAUGCGCCUUCAUCCUCAUGAUGGAGCUAGCCGAACGUCUGAGCUACUACGGCAUCAACCAAGGUCUCAAGAACUUCAUGCAGAAGAUCGGCUGGAGUCUCGUGUCUGCCAGUGCACUGAAAAGUACCUGGACGUCCAUCUGCUACAUCACGCCACUGUUCGGCGCCUACCUGGCUGACGAGAAAUGGGGUCGCUACCGCACCAUCCUCAUCUUCGGUAUCUGGUACUGCAUCGGAGACUUCCUCGUGGCCAUCGCCGCUCACCCCGACAUCAUGACCGAGAAGGCCAUCGUCAAUCCUAUCUUCGUUGUCGGUCUGUUCGUCGGUAUUGGUGUCGGUACUGGUGCCAUCAAGUCCAACGUCAUCACGUUCGGUGCCGACCAGUUCGACCCGAACGACCCCAGUGAAGUCCACCAGAAGGAAACGUACUUCUCGUACUUUUACUUCUGCAUUAACUUCGGCGCCGCCUUCUCCUACGGAUACCUGUCUGUAUUGUGUGUAGAUGGCUCAGCUCAGAUCCCUGCUGAGUAUGGCUACUUCGCUACCUACAUGAUCUGUGCGGGAGUGAUGGUUGUAGCCAUCUUCUUCUUCAUUGUCGGCACGCCUCGUUACGUGCACAUGCCCCCGAAAGAUCGGUCCAUCUCGACGCUGCUGCUUCUUCUUAAGAAGAGUGCGCAAACGUCUCGUAACGGUGCCAUUGUGGUCACUGGAGCCCUUCUGCUUCUCUUCUCUCUGGUCGUCAACAUCGCCUCUGCUUUCAGUGCGGACAGUGGACGCGCGGGUGAGGCGCUGUCAUACGUCGCUGCUGCCAUGGUGCUCGUUGGUGUCGUCUGCUGGGUGUACGCUGCUCACGACCAGUCGUUCAUGGACAGCAUGAAGGAGAGUCAAGGGGGCGAGUUCGACGACACCCAGGUCGACGGCUACAAGAAGCUGGUUAGCACUCUUCCUUUCGCUGCCUUCACUAUCAUCUGGCAGUGCGCGUACGACCAGACGGACGCCAAUUUCCAGUCCAUCACGCAGCAGUGCGAUUUGCGUCUGGACCGUAGCGACCCGGACAGCUCCCAGCUCCCCGGUGCCAUGCUUGGUGUGUUUGACCCAAUCUUUAUCGUCAUCUGUAUCCCUAUUCUGGACUCUAUUGUGUAUCCAUUCUACGAAAAGCGCUUCGGUAAGCCUCCUAGUCAGUUCGGUCGUGUGUGCGCCGGUCUCAUCGUCGCUGCUGUCGGCAUCUUCUGGUCUGGUAUCUUCGAGGUCAUCCGUCGUAACUCUGGCGCUCUACAAGACGCCAACGGUGAUCCGAUCCUCGACGGCGGAAGCGACCAGCCGAUGAACGACAUCUCGUGGGCUGCCGCCAUCCCGAACUACGUCUUUAUCGCUCUGGCCGAGUGUCUGAUCAACGUGACGGCGUACGAUGUCUUCUACUCGAUAGUGCCCCUAGGUCUCAAGAGCACGUCGCAGAGUGUCAACCUCUUCAUGAUCUCCGUGGGAAGCGUCAUGACGUCGGUCUUCACCAUCAUGUUCUCGCCCUACCUCCCGUCGGACGACCUGAACGACGGCAACCUCGAGUACAUGUUCUUCACGGUGGGCGCCGUCAGCGUCGUCAACUUCUUCGCCUUCUUCUUCACCAUGAAAAAGAUGAACUUUGGUAUGUCCAGCUCCACCAACAAUGACGAAUUUGACCUCCAGGGCAAGGCAUCCGUCGCGUCGCGUCACAGUGUUGCCGCUUCCAAGUAG